AUGCCCACCAUCCCAGCCCGAAGCUUCGCCUUCCAACGACUCCACCCCGGCCAAUCAAUCAAAAUCAUAAACACCUCCGGAAGCCAAGUCAUCGACACCUGGGCAUUCACGAUCCCCUCCACACCCAACACGGUCCCCAGAUACAUGUCCAUGGCCCACACCCGACCCACCCUACAAAAGCUCCUUCCCUCAAUCAACGAAUCCUUUGUCGACAACAACCGAAACCCUAUCUUGACCAUCACCGAGGACACAACCCGGGGCACACACGACGUUCUCUAUGCAGCUUGUUCUCCAGAACGAUAUCUCGAACUUGGAGGUACCGCGGACCACGACAACUGUGCCCAGAAUCUUCGCGACGCUGUGAAGCAAUGUGCUGAGCCGGCGUUCGGACAUGUUGUGGGGCUUUUGGAGAGUGGAUGGACGCCUGAUCCGUUGAAUUUGUUCAUGAAUGUGGAGAUCAGUGGGAAUGGGUUGAGGGUUUUGGAGCCGGAUAGUAAGGUCGGGGAUUUUGUGGUGCUGAGGGCCGAGCAGGAGUGUGUGGUGUUUAUGAGUGCUUGUCCGAUGGAUCUGACGGCUUGUAAUGGGGAGGGGCCGACGAGUGCGGAGUUUGAGGUUGUUUGA